CCGCCCCCCAACCCCGGAGCCGGGCCUCCUGGACGUGGCACGUGGCCCCCAGGCUGUGAGCACAGCGGCCCCCAGACCACCUCCUGUCGGCACUGGGCUUGGAGAGGCCAGCCUCCAGACGAGACGGUCACCGGGGUCAGCAGGCUGGGCCUCCCACACUCCGGGGCCCCGGGCCCUCCGAGACUCCGGCCCUGAGACACAGGUUUCAAGAGCCGGGGAGUGGACUUGGCGAUGGAGAGGGUCCUGAGCGCCCGGAGAGGUCCUGGCACCGGCUCCCGGCCAGCGUCAGGCUCGUCCAGCCUCGGGCAGGGCCUUGGAGGCUCCAGAGCACGUUUCCCCUGCCCGGGCUGGACGCACCCCUGCCCUGGGCCUGGGGUAGCUCAGCCGCGCACCCUUCGUGUCCAGAGACUCCACGAUGGGGAAGCUGGAAGGCUCCGCGGGGACGGUGGAGACGGCGGGCCGGUCCCGGCAGAAGCGCCCAGGCUUCCUGGAGUGGGGGCUGCUGCUCCUGCUGGUCCUGGUGACCGGCGCCCUGGUGGCCCUGGGCCUCCUCUACGCGCACAGCAGAGCCGUCGAAGAGCCCCAGAAGGACCAGGCGUGCACCAGCGCCGGCUGUGUGAUAGCAGCCGCCAGGAUCCUCCACAACAUGGACGAGUCCAAGGACCCGUGUGACGACUUCUACCAGUACGCGUGCGGAGGCUGGCUGCGACGCCACGUGGUCCCCGAGACCAGCUCCCGCUACAGCGUCUUUGACAUCCUGCGGGACGAGCUGGAGGUCAUCCUCAAAAGGGUGCUGGAGAAUUCCACCGCCAAGGACCGGCCGGCUGUGCAGAAGGCGAAGACGCUGUACCGCUCCUGCAUGAACGAGAGCAUAAUCGAGAAGCGAGACUCUAAGCCCCUGCUGGACAUCUUAGAGGUGGUAGGAGGCUGGCCGGUGGCUGUGGACAGUUGGAACAAUACUGUAGGCCACAGCUGGCAGCUGGAGCGGCAGCUGGCGGUGCUGAACUCCGAGUUCAACAAGCGCAUCCUCAUCGACCUCUUCAUCUGGAAUGACGACCAGAACUCCAGCAGGCACAUCAUCUAUAUAGACCAGCCCACCUUGGGCAUGCCAUCCCGCGAGUACUAUUUCCAGGAGCACAGCAACCAGAAGGUGCGUGAUGCCUACCUGCAGUUCAUGGUGUCGGUGGCCACGAUGCUGCGGGGGGACAUGAACCUCCCCAGGAACAGCCACCUGGUGCAGGAGGACAUGGUGCAGGUGCUGAAGCUGGAGAUGCAGCUGGCAAACGCCACAGCCCCCCAGGAGGAGAGGCAUGACGUCACUACCCUGUACCACAGGAUGGGGGUGCAGGAGCUCCAGACCAAGUUUGGUCUGAAUGGAUUCAACUGGACGCUCUUCAUACAAUCUGUCCUGUCCUCCGUCAACAUCGAGAUGCUGCCGGAUGAAGAGGUGGUGGUCUACGGCAUCCCCUACCUCCAGAAGCUCGAAAACAUCAUCAACGUCUUCUCGGCCAGGACCAUACAGAACUACCUGGUCUGGCGCCUGGUGCAGGAUCGCAUCAGCAGCCUGAGCCAGCGGUUCAAGGACGCCCGUGCAAACUACCGCAAGGUGCUGUACGGCAAGACAGUGGAGGAGGUGCGCUGGCGGGAGUGCGUCAGCUACGUCAACAGCAACAUGGAGAGCGCCGUGGGCUCCCUCUACGUCAAGAAGGCCUUCUCCAGGGACAGCAAGACGCUGGUCAAAGAGCUCAUCGACAAGGUGAGGGCCGUGUUCGUGGAGACCCUGGACGAGCUGAGCUGGAUGGACGAGGUGUCCAAGAAGAAGGCCCAGGAGAAGGCAAUGAACAUCAAGGUGCAGAUCGGGUACCCCGACUACAUUCUGGAUGAGAGGAACAAACACCUGGACAAGGAGUACUCCAACCUGAACUUCUCGGAGCACCUGUACUUUGAGAACGGCCUGCAGAACCUCAAGGCUGUCGCCCAGCGGAGUCUCAAGAGGCUGCGGAAGAAGGUGGACCAGAACCUCUGGAUCAUCGGGGCCGCUGUGGUCAAUGCGUUCUACUCUCCAAACCGGAACCAGAUUGUGUUCCCCGCUGGGAUCCUCCAGCCCCCCUUCUUCAGCAAGGAGCAGCCGCAGGCCCUGAACUUCGGGGGCAUUGGGAUGGUGAUUGGACACGAGAUCACCCAUGGCUUUGAUGACAAUGGCCGGAACUUCGACGAGAACGGCAACAUGCUGGACUGGUGGAGCAACUUCUCGGCGCAGCACUUCAGGGAGCAGUCCGAGUGCAUGGUCUACCAGUACGGCAACUACUCCUGGGACCUGGCGGAGCAGCAGAACGUGAACGGCUUCAGCACGCUCGGGGAGAACAUCGCUGACAACGGCGGGAUACGGCAGGCGUACAAGGCUUACCUGAAGUGGGUAGCCGAUGGGGGCAAGGACCAGCACCUGCCAGGACUGGAGCUGACCUCCGACCAGAUAUUCUUCAUCAACUACGCCCAGGUGGGGGCCAUGGGUACCCCCCCCUCCCCCGCUGUGCGGUGCCUCCUGGGCCGGCAAGAGCGAGGGACUAAUUCUCAUAUCAGUGAAGGUGCUCUGGGCAGACUAGCCCGCUCUCCCAAAGUCUCUGACCGUCCUCCCAACUCCCGUGGUGGCACGGAGACCAUCUCCUCCCAGGAGACCCAUUUAGCUCCCACCCCGCGGGAGCCCUCAUCCCACCUCCUGCUCCCUCCUGAUCCCGUGGAGCCCAGCCCCACCCUCGUCACCCACACCCUGGACCCGUCUUCAGACCCCCGGCACUCAUGUGCCAAAGCCCUGAGCUCUCCAGGGAGGCUGCAGGGACCCAUGACUGCCCGGUUGGCCCUGAGGACACAGGCUCUGAGUGGGUGA